GUUUCCUUUGUUCGGGUGCUAUCGCUUUGAACUUCACUUCCCAGAAUCCUCCCUGGGCCAAAAGUCCGCUCGCUACAUUUGUCCGACUACAUGUUAGCAGGAACACGGAGAGCAGCGUGCUUGUUACAGCAAGCCAAAGAUUUGUUGGAAAGUGGAGUUUUAUCGGGAACAUACAGACAUAAAAGAAACGGAAAUUCAUAUAUCUAUCAAAGCAGCAUGUCAGAUGCUCUACUCCAGAGGAUUAAGGAGCUGGAAGUUGAGCUAGAAAACCUCAGGUCCCAGUUUAAGGAAAGUACUGGACCUGCAGAAGAUAUGGAAAUGAAGUCCUGUUCACCUGUCAGUGAAAGCCUAAACUGCAUAAGGUCUGAUGGGAACACCAGGAGCACCAAGAAGUCAGGCAAAGAGCGCCAAUUUGACUUUGGCUCACACCCCCGGCGCCAUGUGGCUCUGAAACUGGCUUACCUGGGCUGGGCCUACCAGGGCUUUGCUGUUCAGGAGAACACGGACAACACAGUGGAGGCCAGGCUGUUUGAAGCGUUGCUGAAGACACGGCUGAUUCAGGACCGACAGAGCUCCAACUAUCACCGCUGUGGUCGAACUGAUAAAGGAGUCAGUGCUUUUUCUCAAGUUAUAACCAUUGACCUUCGCUCCUCCCAGUUUUGUGGAGGUCUUGGCGUCUCUCUCCCUGAAAAUCUUGAUCCUGGCACCAAAUCAAAAGCUUGCACCUCUGAGCUUCCGUACGUGAAAAUGCUGAACAGAGUUUUGCCACAGGACAUUCGAAUCUUGGACUGGGCACCCGUAGAGCAGGGUUUCAGUGCACGCUUCGACUGCCAGUCCCGCACAUACCGCUACUACUUCCCCCGAGGGUUCUUGGAUGUAGAGCUGAUGGCAGAUGCUGCAAAAAGAUACAAGGGGACUCAUGACUUUCGCAACCUUUGCAAAAUGGACGUGGGGAAUGGGGUCCUGCAGUUUGAGAGAACCAUCCUGUCUGCUUCAGUCAGGCCUGUGCAGCCACAGCAGGUUUCCAGCACAGACCAGUACGAUCUGUUUGUGUUUGAGAUCAAAGGAUUAGCCUUCCUCUAUCACCAGGUACGUUGUAUGAUGGCGGUGCUUCUUUUGAUAGGACAGAAGCUGGAAGCUCCAGAGAUAAUUGAUGAACUCCUGGAUGUUAAGAAAAACCCCAGAAAGCCUCAGUACAGCAUGGCAGUGGACUACCCUCUGGUGCUGUACGACUGCCACUUUGAAGGUUUAAUCUGGCAGCAGGUGAUGGAAGAGGUUAACCACGUCCUGUCGUCACUGCAGCGACACUGGACGCAGAGUGCAGUCAAAGCCCACGUUCUGCUUGGGAUGACCCAGGGUUUGGAGGAGAGAGGUGGUGUUUCUUCCAACCAUUGCUGGCUGGUAGAAGGUAGCAGGCAGAAAAAUUACCGACCGUUGCUGGAGCGUCCAUGCUGCGAGAGCCUGGAGUCCAGAAUAAACCACUUUGUUAAAAGAGGAAGACUGGAGCGAGAGGAGGGGCAGAACGGAGAUGAAACGAUCCACAGAGGGAAAAAAUCCAAACACUCCCACAAUGCGUGUUUUCCAUCUGUUUCCUCUGAGAUUCCAAAGCAAAGCAUCGAUCUGAAAGAAGAGGAUUAACUUUUUGUUUUCAAGACAAUAGUUGACUUGGUGGAUUUUACUUUACUUUUUGGAAAACAAGAAAUGUAUUUAGUUUUCUUUUCAGGAGACGGAUUAUUUCAUUUUUUCACUUGCACUGAUGUUUUUAUUUGUGAAGGUAUGUGUUUGGCUUCAAAAUAAACAUCCUGUCGAGAUGGUUA